AGGGCACACAGCAUUUCGUUCAAGAAUUUCUUGAUAUUAUUGGUCUAAGAAACAGAAGAAAACUACGGUCCCAUAUGUCAACCAUAUUCUGCAACUGGCGCUAUAAAGAAUUUGAGCCUCUGUGCAAAUGGAAACACGAUGGAUGUUCUGAUACUGUUGAGCUCGAUUUGAAAGGUUUCAAAUUGGAGCACCUGAAUGUUACAAUUAAUCAUUGUGCGGGCAUCCUAUCCAUCACCGGAGAACGUCCGUUGGAAAAAACCAUAACGAGCUGGUUCCGCAAAGAAAUCAAACUCCCCUGUAACAUCAAAACCAAUGAAAUAUGGGCCAAGUUUGGUGGUGGCGUCCUUACCAUAAUAAUGCCCAAAAAAACUACUCUGGUUCCUAGGCUGAGCGAAGACUGCUGCGGAAAGCUACUGGCCGAUAAUGUGGGUCGUGCAUCAUUCAUGGGUUCUGGUCCCAAGGUGGUCGCCAUUUGCCCUGAUGAAGAAUGUUGGACGAAAUACAUGGCGGUUGGAGGGAUUGUGGCGGUGAUAACGUUGCUGGUGCUUGCUGGUGUUUGCUGGUGUAGGGUGUAGCAAAUGUUAUCAGCUGCAUUGUCACAUAUAGAAAAUUGACUGCAUUUGUUGUGAUGUGAAGAUGUAAGGAAAUAAGGAAAAUAUUGAUGA